GCCUGUGGCUCAGCACCCUGAGGUGCCAGGGGGACGCCCAGCCCUUGCCAGCAGGAUCGGGGUGCAGGAUAGUGUCUCUCAUGGGUCGGUGAUGCAGAGCAGGGCUCGGGAUACACCGAGCGUCCCACAUCCCGAAGCCCCGGUGCUCCUGCCCCUCACCGAACCGGGGAGGACGCAGAGCCGCUCCCCGUCCCGAGCCCAGAGCAGCCCCUCAGCGGCCCGGGAGCGAUGCCAGCGGGGUCUCGGCAGGGUGAUGCCCGCCGGGGGGUGACGCCCGGCGGCUCUGCCGCCCCCCGCCCGUCCCGGGCAGACACCAAAGCGUUAACCACCCGCUCGCCUCCAUUUCCUGUCCUGCUUCCCCUUUUCCUUCCCGAAGUUUGGGCAGAACCGAUGGCCGCGGCAGCAGCUCCGCGGCGAAGCGCCGUGCAGCGGCAGCUUUUGGGUGUGGAUGCCAAGGCGGCUCAGGGCUUUGAGCUGCAGCAGCCCCAGAAGAAGGUGGCAGUGGCAGUGGGGGAGAUGCUCACCCUGAACUGCACCACGUCUGGAUUCGCUGCCCCUGGUCCUGUGAGGUGGCUGAAGGGCUUGGGCAGUGGGAACAAGACCGUCUAUGACCAGAGAGGGGACUCCUUACCCCGUGUGACGAGAGCAGUGGUUGGGUCCGACACAGACUUCACCAUUCACAUCAGGAACUUUGAGCCCAAUGAUGUUGGCACCUAUUAUUGCGUGAAGUUCACCAAGGAGAGCAAUGGAAAAGAGGAGAUGUUUCGGCAUGGAAGUGGCACAGAGGUAUCUGUGCGUGAGACAGCCCUGGUUCCUGGUGUGGUGGCUGCAGCUGUGGUGCUCUGCUUCCUCCUCCUUGGCCUCUUUGUUGCCCUUUGCAUGUACAGGAGGAAGCGCCAAGGCAGGGCAGGCAGCCCAUGCCCAGCCGGGACAGUGGCCGUGGGCAGCUUCUCGUCAGUCCCUCUGCAGUGCUGUGCAGGGACCCCUGGCACCCCCAGUGAAGUCCUGGAUAGAGAGAGCUCCUACCUGCCCAGCCAGAGCAGCAAGGAGGAGAACGACAUCCACUACGCCGACCUGCAGCCCCUGCCCCCGGCCCCGCGGCACAGCAGGAGCUCGGGCACAGCCCCCACUGAGUAUGCCAGCCUCAGGGUAGCUGCCAAGUGACGCGUGGCACUGCUGCCUGCGUGGCCAGGCCGUGUCGAGGAGGAAGCAGGGAUGUUUCUGCAGGGCACAAUAAAGAAGAAGUGGAGCUGUUUGCAUGGCACACCCCGGUCUCAGCUCAGCUCGCCAUGCCCCCAGCUCAGGAGAGCCCUCCCAGGAUCUGGAAGCCCUCUCGACCACAGGAUCAGACCACGAGGCCAAGCACCUCCGCCUUGUGCAAGCUGUUUGGUGCUGAUGACACCAGGAGGACCUCACACACACCUGUGUCCACCAGCAUGGGCCUCCACUGGCCCUUUCCCGGCUAACAGGUCCAUAAUUUGUGUUACCUUGUCACCACCCUCAUUAAAGCCAGCAAAGAGC